AUGGGGAUGUGGCGGCGUUUGGUGGCAGCCGUGGGUGUCCCGGCUUUGGCUGCUGCUACCCUCCCAUCCGCGAUCGAAAAGGAUGAUGAGUGCCAGGAUGAGACGUGUGCCCUGGGCGCUCUCCAGCUGACGGGCCAGAAGAAGGUCUCUGAGUUUGUAGAGGCAGAGGAGGCCGAUGCCUUCGAGGCCAUGGACUUCCAACAGGAGGCGGCUGCAAUGAUUCGAGACAGCGAGGCUUCGGGCAUGCCGCGCUUCUAUCCUCUGGACCACGGUUGGCACAAGGUGGCUUCGUCUCCCGGCGAUCGUGUUGGCUUCACUCGAGCUUCGCUGCGAAGCUGUGAGUAUUUCUGUGCCAACACGGACGGCUGUCACAGCUUCGAGUCCUGUCCGAAAACGCGAGCCUGUGUGCUCAGAUCACAGGCUCUGUCGGGUACAGAGCCUUGGGUGCGGUCCACAUACUGCCAGACGUGGUAUCGCAAAGAACCCGGCUUCUCGCCAACGGGCGGCAAGCCGGUGGUCUACAAGCAAUGUGAGAAGGGCAGCGUGCCUGAGGGUGGGAAGUGCGUGAAAGCCAAUGGCCCGGCCUCCAUGACUUUCUACCAGUACAGCGCUCAGAGCAAGUACGAUCCCGACCGGAAGUGGGAGAACAUGGACAUGGCAAGCCUUGGAGGGGUCCUGUUCUAUCUGCACAACGAGGUGGUGGGCAACGACGGUGAGCAGCUGGUGGACGGAAAGAACCUCUGA